CAUUGAAAUGGGAACUAAAUUAUUUGUUGCCUUCUUCCUAGUUUUUAAUAUUUAUGAAUGUCGUCAGUACCGCUAUGACUAUAAGUUUGUAACUGAAGUUGACGGUUGGAUAAAAUUACACCAAGUUCCUGCUACCUGGGAUGAAGCCAGAUUGAGAUGCCAACUAGAAGGAGCAAUACUGUGUUCACCUAAUACGAUCAACCUAGUGGAGGUAAUGAAGAUUGUCAUGAGAAAUACUAGGGCCGGGAUAUCCGGGGUGUUUACAGGCACACACGCGACAUUCUCUAAAGGAGACUUUCAUUCAGUUGAUGGUGUUCCCCUAGGCAAGAUGCCGGUAGAGUGGAUGCCAAUGGAGCCAGACAAUGAGAAUAAUAGUGAGAGCUGUAUCGUGAUGCUUAGAAAUGGAACCAUAGCUGAUGUCAACUGUGACGAUGUGUUUCCAUAUAUCUGUUACAGAAAACGUUCAAAAAAGGUGGUUUUAACUGAAUGUGGGACUGUUGAUACAGGUUACAAACUGGAUCAAAGAACCGGAAGUUGUUAUAAGUUUCACACAGAUGACAGAAAUUGGACGCGUGCAUUCAUGACGUGUGCAGCUGAGGGUGGACAUCUUGCUAUCAUCAACAGUGAUGAAGAAGCCAAUGUAAUGAGGGACCUUUUCAAGAUGCACGUAGCUGGCAGUAUUCGGUAUGACACUGUCUUGAUGGGGUUCCACGAUUGGGGAGAACGUGGUGUUUGGACAACGAUACAUGGUCAAUCAUUACAAGAGGCUGGGUAUGACAAGUUUCAAUCUGGCCAACCUGAUUCAGCGCCUCCAGGCGAGUACUGUGGAGGAAUGUUCAGGGCUGCGACAUUGAAUGAUGUGUGGUGUCAUGAAAGUCUUUCUUUCAUCUGUGAGAAGACUGUUGACAGUCUACUGGAUUGGAAUGAUAAUUAUUAGUUUAAUUCGUCUUUUUUAUUUCUUGUAAAUUUCCUAUUAAAUUUUUUUUCUAUUUAAGAUGUUCUGAAACAUAUAUUUUUUAUUUUAUAAACUUUGAUGAGGAUGAUCGACCUUGACCGAUCGUUACAUUACUAUUCUGUUACCUUUAAUGUUUGCCUCGGGUUAUGCUAGACGCAUUUUUAUUUCAAUAACAUUUUUGCCAAUUAUAUUUUAUUAAUAGUUACGUCCUCAAUUUUGUAUUACUAGUGAGUGUUUGUGCGUAUUGUGAACUAUUGUAAAGAUAAAGUAUUUGUAGUAUAUUAUUAGUCUAACCUCUCUUAUUGUUCAAACUAAUAUUUUCUAUAUCCUUACGACUGCCAAAUGUGUGCCUUUUAUGUUAAGAAUAUAAGGAAACGAGGUAUGUACUCAGGGAAUAUUAUUUUAUUAUCAAAUUGGGUAUCAACGGCUACCGAACCGUUCUUUGUGGUAUAAAGAGCAUGAUUUUAUUUCGUUUCGAAUUUUUUGAAAGCUUUAUGGUUUCUGGAUUUAAGACUACUGCUGUUCUUCUAGUAAUCUAGUAUUUUA